UCUAAAUAAUGUUCUAGUGGUAAUCAGGCCUGGGCCAAAACCCUGCAGGGGCAGUUGCAUGAGGGCUGACUGAAAUACAGAAUUGCUUUGUUUGCCUUGAAGCAGGGUACAGCAUUUGUCCAAACAAACAUACCUUUAGCAUACCAGCUUGCAGCAGCAGGAGGUGGAAGCUGGCUUACACAUCAACCAUACAUUCAGAUGCAGCAUCAACUUCAACCGAGUCAACUAGCAGCGGCGGCAGCAGCAACAGCGGUAACACCAUCAUCAAUGGAGCACAAUGUCGGUCCAAUGCAGCAGAGUUCUGUGCAACACCUAGCCAGUCAGAUGAACCAAUUACAAAUGUCAGGCUCGCAGUACAUAACUAGUCCAGUUCAUAGCUCUUUCUCGCAAGCUUCUUGGCAAAUGAUGCAUCAGCAUGGACAACCACAACACCCACAUGCACAUUACAUGUCACUUGAGGACCAUUCAAUUGUCGGUGAAGGGGAUCCCCUUGGGCCGCCCAUGUCGCCACAAGCAACAGGGCUACCACAGCAUCUUACUGACCACACUCAGUCUUUGGAGGACCACAGAAUGGCAAGCUAUGCAUCGCCGUAUCAACAAAGAAAAUGAAGUUGGCAAAAAAAACUGGGGAACUACGAAUUAUUUAAAGUAAGUUUACUAAUGAUCUUCAUCUAAUAAGGUUAAUUAAUAGCAAUCUAGUUAGCUAGUUAACCACACCAACUAAUGUAAACACAGGCUUUAACAUAUUAAUAGCGUGAAGAAUGCAGUUUUUAAGUUGUGAAACGCUAAACAGAUUUGCCAUAUUGUCCCACGGAAUAGAUAUUCAUAAAUAGUGGGACUUUUUAGGACUACGCUUGAUUCUAUGCAUUUAACUAAUUAAAAGAUAGUUUGACCAAAAGUAAAAUAAUGUUAUUAGCGAUAAGAUUUUAAUAUUUACCUUUCAGCGACCCUUUCAACACGAUUCUCUUCCGCCAUUUUGAAGCUCUUCACGUAAAGCAU